UAAAAAGAGUAGAUCCAGAGAUUUAUUAUUUUUUAAAGUUGAAAGGAAAGUCUGCCUUGAGGAAGAAGGAGUCAUUUUUCUGCCCUGAAUCAGUGGAGACCAAACCUUUCAACAAGAAGAGAAGCAACUGGAACCCCUUAUGCAAAUGGAUAACCAGGUCCCUCCCAAGAAAGUUCCAACUUUUUGUUCUCUUCGCUAUGGAUUAUCAUUCUUGCUGCACUUCUGUAACACUAUAAUAAUGUCACAGAUGAUAUGUCUAAAUCUCACAAUAGUAGCCAUGGUGAACAGGACGAAUCCACAUGGUUUGCCCAAUACCUCCACAAAGGAGCUACUGGAUAACAUAAAGAACCCUGUGUAUAAUUGGAGCCCUGAAAUCCAGGGGGUCAUCUUCAGUUCUAUCUUCUAUGGUGUACUUUUCACCCAAGUUCCUGUUGGAUACUUAUCUAGAAUAUACUCCAUAAAGAAAAUGGUGGGCUCUGCGUUAUUCCUCAGCUCUCUUCUUUGCCUGUUCAUCCCACUGGCAGCUGAAAUUGGAGUCACUUUUGUUAUCACAUGCCGAGUAGUCCAGGGGGCAGCCCAGGGGACAGUGUCCGCAGCUCAGCAUGCAAUAUGGAUCAAGUGGUCUCCACCUUUGGAACGAGGCCGACUUACCUCUGUAAGUCUAUCAGGAUUCCUGCUGGGCUCCUUCACUGCCCUGCUUGCAACUGGAUUCAUCUGUCAAUCUCUAGGCUGGCCUAUGGUCUUCUAUAUUUUUGGUGCUUGUGGCUGUGCCCUAAGUCUUCUCUGGUUUGUUCUGUUUUAUGACGACCCAAAGGACCACCCAUGUAUGAACAUCAGUGAGAAGGAAUACAUCGCGACCUCCCUCACGCAGCAGGUCGGCUCAAGUAGACAAUCUCUGCCCAUCAAGGCGAUGCUUAAGUCUCUUCCACUCUGGGCCAUUUCCUUUGGUACUUUUGCUUUUCAGUGGACGAAUAACAUCAUGAUUUUGUUCACGCCAGUAUUUCUCGACUCCAAGCUUCAUGUUAGUAUAAAACAGAACGGGCUGCUGUCUGCCCUCCCCUAUUUGUUUGCCUGGAUGAUCGGGAUCAUAGCAGGGGAGACGGCCGACUUCUUACUGUCCAGAAAUAUUCUCAGCAUAGUUAUCAUCCGGAAACUCUUCACCACGCUGGGACUUCUUCUGCCUGCCUUCUUUUACAUGUGCCUGUGCUAUCUGGAUUCGAGCUUCUACGGCAGCAUCAUUUUCCUGGUACUUGCUAAUGCAACAGGAAGCUUUUGUUUGAGCGGAAUAAUAAUAAAUGUCUUGGAUAUUGCUCCCAGGUAUUAUGGAUUUCUUAAAGGAGUUACAAAUCUAAUUGGAAUGUUGGGAGCAGUAAUUUCUUCUACUCUGAUUGGAGUGAUUCUUGGUCAGGAUCCAGAAUCUUCCUUGUUUAAAACUUUCUACCUGAUUGUGGCCGUGAAUGUGAUAAGCCUCAUUUUCUGCCUUGUAUUUAUUAAAGCAGAAAUUGAAGACUGGGCUAAAGAAGGACAACACACACGCCUCUGAAGGGAUCCAGGUGCUGUGCAUCAACGGCUGUUAACAUCACAGAAAGAGAGACAUUGGAGACAUGGUGUACAUCCUGAUGAAAGAGCGCACCACCACCGAGGUCCUGCUGCGAGGACCACACUGAGACGAUCAAGCCCCUGGAUAGCGAUGCUGUUUGUAAUAAGAAGUAGGCAGGACAGAGAACGUGUUGAACUAAAUCCUAAGGAUAUCAUCAGCAAAUCUAAACUGUGAGAAUUUUACAGGUCAAAGACUCAGAUUUCUUAAUAAAUAAAUAAAUUAAAAAGGAA